GAGAUUUUGAACAAACAAAAUGACCUCUCUACCAGGUUUAUCAUUGCAAGUGCAACUAAUAGCGCCGUUGACAGGGUGUUAACAGGGCUCUUAGAGCAUGGAUUUGAUGACUUUCUACGCGUGGGUUCUCUUGGCAAAAUUGCUAGCAAUAUUCUUCCCUAUUCUGUGCACGCAACCUCAAAAAACUGCAAGGAGGAAGAUGAUGCCGAAAAAGACUUAAAAGAGCUGUUGAAAGAUGCGGUUGGAAAGGAGAGAGCGAGGAUUGAAAACGAACUGAAAGCAAUAAAAGAUGGAAAACUAAAGCACCGCAAGACGAGGUUACAAAAAGUACGCGCUGUUGGGGUCACCUGCUGUUCUACAAUCAAUGAGGUUUUGCAUGGCAAUACGUUCAAGAUAUGUUUUCUGGAUGAAUGUUCGCAAAUAGUGGAGCCAUUGAGUUUGUUGCCUAUAUCCCAAUUUCGAUGUGAAAGACUUGUCGCUGUCGGUGAUCCACAGCAACUUCCUCCAGUUCUUUCACCAACUGAAACAAACAGUUUUGCGAAGUCUGCAGAUCUUUCAAGGACUCUCUUUGAAAGGUUAGCGGCUCUUGGACACCGUCCUGUACCCCUUCAGACGCAGUAUCGUUGUCAUCCAAGAUUAUCAAGAGUCCCCAAUCGUUUGUUUUACGAAGGACGACUUGUCGACGGGUGCAGUGAGAUGGAGCGAUCGGCUUUGCUUCUUAGUAUACCACCUUUGGUGUUCUGCGACACAUGCAAGGAAGGAAAAGAAAAGAAGGAUUUCUUGACAGGAAGCUAUUCAAAUCCUUAUGAAGCAGAGACGGUGUGUUCCUUUGUCAAACUUCUAAUUUCGAAGAUGAUUUCGGGGUCGCAAAUUGGAGUGAUCGCUCUGUACAAAUCACAGGAAAGUUUGAUACGUCAAAUGCUGUACCCCAAAGAUGCGUGUGUUGGUUUUGGAAGGAAGAAAGAAACCGCUCAUAGUGAAGUGGAAAAUGUUAAAGUGUCAACAGUUGACGCAUUUCAAGGCCUAGAGAAAGACGUGAUCAUCCUAUCUUGUUGCCGGACGGCUGGUUUGGGAUUUCUGGCAUCCAAGCAGAGACUAAAUGUUGCUCUUACUCGAGCUAGACAUCAUCUUCUCAUAAUUGGAAGUGCAUCCAACUUACAAAGAAAUUCUCUGUGGGAAGAGCUCCUUGAGCCCCUUCGAAGAAAUCCGAAUACGUUUAGGAGCUCCGAGGACAUGAAAAAGGCCUUGCUUGGGUGUUCAGAAGCAGGCUGUUCCAGCGAUGGCUCUAAGGACAGCAUUGAUAGCACCGCUGGUCUAGCAGUUUUAAAUCCCCCUCCAAGCAUCAGUUUUGAGCUUGACUCACUUUUUGAUGAAGACGAUGUCUCCCUUAAGAAAUUGCUGGAAGUUUUGGAUGACGUAAACUUCAGACCUCGGGAUUUCUGGCAAGGCUACAAACUCUAUUGCAUCGGCCACUAUUCGCAUUCUCAGAGCCACCAAGAUGAGUUUGCACAAACACUCAUGGCUGAUGUCAUACGCACAGUUCACGGUAUGAGCGAGCUUCAGUGGGGAGGCAAGUUUGACAAGUUCGUCCGGUCCACCUGGUCCACGAUGGAAGAGUAUAUCAAGCGGAGGCAUGGUGUUAACUGUGGAGACAUAAGGUUUCUCAUUCGAGAGUAUGACGAUUCCCAAGCUCUCGCAGCCAGCGAGCACGGCUCCUUCUUUUUUAAAAUGUGCGAGGACGAGACGCCAUUUCCUCGGGAGACCAACCCGGACGAACGAGAGAAACCACGACAAGACGAAACAAACAGCGUUAUUGACAGUCUCAUGGGCCAACUCUCGAGCAUGGAUGAGCGAUUGGCAAAGCUGGUUAAAUAGUAAACCAAUGAAGAAACCUCUCUUGCCAAGAACCCUAA